AUGGCUGACAGAUACUCCUUUUCGCUAACCACUUUUUCGCCAAGCGGCAAACUUGGUCAAAUAGACUAUGCUUUAACAGCAGUAAAGCAAGGUGUUACUUCUCUAGGAAUAAGGGCCACAAACGGUGUGAUCAUUGCAACGGAAAAAAAGGCAACCUCUUCACUUGCAUUGUCAGAUUCUUUAUCUAAAAUAGCAGACAUCACACCCGAUAUUGGAGCUGCGUAUUCCGGUAUGGGCCCAGAUUUCAGAGUACUCAUUGACAAGUCAAGAAAAGUAGCACAUACUCAUUAUCACCGUAUUUACAACGAGUAUCCCCCAACUAAAAUUUUGGUGGCAGAAGUGGCCAAGAUCAUGCAGGAGGCCACCCAGUCUGGGGGUGUUAGACCGUUCGGUGUAUCGCUCCUGGUUGCAGGCCACGACGAACAUAACGGAUACACGCUAUAUCAGGUAGAUCCCUCAGGGUCUUAUUUUCCUUGGAAAGCCACAGCGAUCGGUAAAGGCUCUACCGCUGCAAAGACGUUUUUGGAAAAAAGAUGGAAUGACGAACUAGAGCUUGAAGAUGCAAUCCAUAUAGCACUUUUAACCCUCAAAGAAUCCGUAGAAGGUGAAUUCAAUGGUGAUUCCAUCGAGAUCGCAGUCGUGGGAGAGGAGAAUCAGCAUUUGCUAGGCUUCACAGGUGACGAGUCCGUAAAGGGUCCACGAUUCCGCAAGCUGUCAGCACAAGAAAUCAAUGAUAGGUUAGAGGCUCUAUAG